AUGACACACACAUUUUUUGCUAAUAGUUGGUCUCGCUCCGUUCCGGCUUCCAAUCUCCCUUCAGCCGUUGUUAAGAGCAAUGAUCUGAGGACUUUUAAGGAGGCUAUGAAGUUUGAAGAUUGGAGGAAAUCUAUGAAAGAAGAAAUUCUAGCUUUAGAAGAUAACGAGAAGUGGACCUUGGAACAUCUUCCACCCAGAAAAAGAGCUCUUGGUAGUCAAUGGGUCUAUAAGACCAAAUUUUUGUCAAAUGAGGAUGCUGAUCGACUCAAAUCCAGUUUGGUGGUGUUUAGGAAUCAUCAGAAGGCAGGUGUUGAUUAUGAUGAAACUUUUGCUCCGGUUGCAAAAAUGACAACGGUUCGAAUUUUUCUUGCUAUUGCGGCUUCAAAAUUGGGAGUUUCAUCAAAUGGAUGUUCAUAA